AAAUUCCUCUUCUCGUUUUGAUAUUUAAAUGAGUUUGAACGUUUUCGUCAAAAUAUCGUUAACAUAUCUUAUACAAAAGGAUAUGCUAUUAAAAAUUAUUAGAAAGUUUAAUAUUUAAUGCUAAAAAAAUGCUAAAGGAUCAUGUUUCGGAAGAAUAUCGAUCUACUUUCUAAUAACUUAUAUGGAUUCAUCACCGAUACAAUCCAACAAAUGUUAUUAUGACAUUACAUUUUAUUUCACAUUUAAUUAAAUCCAAUUCGUCUGUUUACGGAAACAAAGAAAAGAGUAAUGCAGAAGUUUCUAUCUCUCCAUCUGCAAACAACAAUAUAGUUCACGUCACAUUUCCUUUCUGCAGACAAAGUCGGUUUCAUUUCACUUUCAUUUCGGCGAGAGCAAAAAGAACAUUGGGAGUUGUCCGGAUGGGUAGGAGAGGUCCCAAUACAAAAUGAACAGAACUUACCUUUCACCUUUACAUUGUCGGUUUCUAUCGUCAAGAGUGAAGAUCAGAAUAACGUGGUGCGCGAGGCUGAAAAUUAUUGCUAUAACAAUAAAAUGCGGGUGAAAACGACGGCGUUGAGCGUGCCAAUUUUUUUAUUUGUGGUGUUAUUUGUGAACUUUGCUUAUAAGAAGCCGAACGUGAUGGUGGAUAUUAAAACAACCACAAACGAAAUGGUUAUGAUUCAUAGGGAAUUUACAGCACCACCGUUUAGGCACGUUACGAAGUCGCUGGAUGAACUUGGACCUAUGGAUGAUACAAAUUCUUAUAUUUUAUUUUUUAACCGAAUUCCGAAAAGUGGAUCCGAAGUUUUGGUUAUUUUAAUACAAUGGUUGCAGGGUCCUAAUAAUUUUCGACACGUUCGAUUAAAGGACGAAAAUAAAUCUAGGGUUAAUCAAAAAGAAAUGAAAGAUCUCGUUGAUUUGGUGGAGAAAAGGGCUAGAAACGAUGCGGUACCUUUAUGUUUCGAUAAACCAAUUCACUUCGUCAAUUUCAGCGUUUUUGAUGGACAAUCGCCGACGUAUAUUAAUUUAAUACGUGAUCCUGUUGAUAAUUUUGUAGCCAGAUAUCAAUUUAUGUCAACAACAGCAAAUCCACAAGAUCGUUACGCAAGUUUAACAAUGAAAAAUCGAAUGCCAAUAGAAAAAUGUAUAACAACAAACAACGUAAAGUGUAAUCCUAUUGAUGGAAAUCAAUAUGAUUUUUCCAUAUCUUAUUUCUGUGGUAAUGAUGAAAGAUGUGGAUUACACAAUAACAAAUGGGCGUUAAAUACCGCUAAAUUAAUAGUGGAGAAAUAUUAUCCAGUUGUGGGUGUUUUAGAUGAAUUAAACGCAACGCUAGCCGUACUUGAAAAAAAAAUACCAUAUUUCUUUAAAGGUGUACAAGAAAUGUACCACAAGGAUCUUUUGGAGCAACACCACAUUAAUGUAAAUGAACGCAAGUUAAAAGUUACAAAGAGUGUUAGAAAAUAUUUGAAGAGACUAUUAAUAACGGAAUAUGAAUUUUAUGAAUGGAUAAAAUCAAGAUUAUUUAACGAAUUGAUUUAAUGAAAACGCAACUUUUAUUUAUAACACUUUGUGCCAAACCAAAGAUAAAGCUUUUUAUACAAAUAUUUAUUUUAAAUCCUUAUACAUGUAGGAUAAUUAAUGUUUAUUGUAUUAUGACCUUUUUAAAUUGCUUUAACAAGACAUGCUCGAAAAAAAGAAAAUCAUAUUCAAGUAUAAAUAAACGAAAACACACAUUAGCAGCGUC